AUGACUAAUACAUGUUUUCGGUGUUUUAUAUCAAACGAAAAUGGUAGCAAUCACGAUCUCUUAUAUUUUGACAGAUACUUUUUAAGCGAUUAUAUUUGUGAUAGCGAAUGUGAAGGCAAAAAUGAAAAAGACAAAAGCAACGAUUGUAUGGAAAAUGAUUGCCAUGAAAAAAAUACAAGCAAAGGAAAUUCGUAUUACCUAGAUAAUAAUAUGGAACAAUUUCUUCAAUAUCUUAAUAAAGAAAAUGAAAAUAUGCAAAAUGAGUAUGGAAAUUCUCAUCAAAAGGCUUAUAUCAAUAUGCAUUUGUGUAAAUUGUGUAAUGGUUUACACAAUAUCGAUUUAAUAAUGUUAUAUAAUAAAAAAAGUCAUUUUCAUAAUGAUUUAAUGAAAAAUAAGCUUACAUUGGGUGCACAAGAAAGAAAACAAAUUAUCCAAAAUAUUAAUAAUGCUAUAAAUGUCGCUCAUAAUCUUUUAAAUAAUGUUGAUAUAAUAUUAUUUUUCUUAUAUUUAUAUAUAGGGAAAGAUAUUAAAAAUAUACAAGAUAUCACCUUAGAAUCAUUUCAAAAAAUUUAUGAAAAAAUAAAAGAUCAUAUUGUUAUAAAAACAAAAAUAAAAAAUAACACAGUCAGAAAUAAUAUAUAUAUAUCAUUUACUUAUACCUUAAUUUAUGUUUAUUUAACAUUCUAUAAAAAAAUAUUUACAUUAUUAGACUUGAAUGAUGAUAUGAUCAAAUUUAUUACCAGCUUGUAUAAAAAUUCCACAUUAGUUUUUGACAUAUACUCCUUCGAUUAUAAUAAUACAGCCAAUGAUGCUCAUCACGAAAAAAUUGGCAAUGACCACAGAAAUAAUAAUAUUAAUAAUUCCAAUAAUCGCAACAUUAAUAAUAAUGGUAAAACAGUCUACCCCAAUGAUAGUAGUGAUGUUGAAAAUGAUGAUAGAAAAUUUAAUGCAAAAAAAAAAAAAUUAAUAAAUAGUAAUGAUCAAAAAAUCGAUAUUUUUAAUAUUUUAAACGAAGACCAUCCUUUAUUAGAUUAUCAUGCUGAAGAUAUAAAUAAUUUCAUACAAAAUGACGACAUGAAGACAAAUUCUUCUGAUGCCAAUUUAAAUUUCAAUAUAGAUAUAUAUAUUUCUAUUAAUAAUUUAUGUAUUUUUGGAUAUUAUAAUAAAUAUAAUAAGAAUUGUUCUCAAACAAAAUGGUUAAUAAAUAAUUCAUCUGUAUCUCAAAUAUCAGUAGAGGAAUGCAUUUAUGAAAUUUUUGCAAAAGUAUUCCCAUCUUCCACAUUUGCAUUUAUGGCUGCUGGAAGAGAAGACAAAGAUGUCAGAAUGAUGAAUAUAGGUCGACCUUUUCUUUUUACUUUAAAAGAAACAAGGUUUUCUUUUUUAAAUUUUUAUUUAUUUUUUAUUAAACUUAAUAACAUAGAACCACAUAACAACACUACUAAUAUAUUUCAACGGAAAACUGUUCAAGAAUUAUUUCAUUUAUUAAAACAGUAUAAUAAAAAAGGACAUAAUUCACUAAAUCAAGUUACACAUCAAAAAGAAAGUAUUAUAACUCCCCCAGUAAACCUUAUUAAUGCAUGUUAUGUAUUAUUAAAUAGGCAAAAUGCUGUAUAUUUAUAUGACCUCGAUAUUGGAAGCAUCUUAGCAGAAAAAUCAAAGGAUAUAUUUUUGAAAGAUAAAAAUAUAGCAAAUUUACAUGUAAAUACUAAUUAUAACAAGGAAAUCGAAGUGCUACUAUUUGAGGAAAUUAUUAAAAAGGAUAAUACCACAAAUGUGGACAAAAACGAUAACAUAAAUUAUAGUGCAAAUGAUGACGAAAAGUCUGAUCCCAAUUAUAAUGCCCAAUUUGAUAGUAAUGCAGUUUUUGUUCCCAAAGCUAAUAACACUAAAGAUAAAAAUAUUAUAAAUGAUAACUCUCACAUAUUAAAUAAUAAACCCUCUUACAGUAUUAGCAGUUUCGUGGAUGUAAAAUUCAGUAAUAUUGCUUUUAGUACAAAUUAUGAAUUAAUUAAAAAGGUUAUGAAAUUUGGAGAGGAUAGGAAAAAAGCAUACAAAUGCAUCAUAUAUCAUUCGUGUGUAAUGACUAAAGAAAAAAUAACCAAAAUUAAUAAACAAGUAUUAAAUUAUGAAAACUGUGAUGAUUGCAUAUUAAAUAUUGCCCAAAAAACACCAAUAAGAGUACUUCAUAGAAGAGGAUUAAUUAAUAGAAAAAGAAAAAUAUAUGAAUUUAAAUUAGUUUAUAUUCAUAAACAUUUUUCUUUGUUAUAUUUGUUAGCUGAAUCCGGUACUUAUAUAAAAGAAUUUGUUAAUAGUGAUCGAGGCAGAACUUUCCCAAGUGUUAAACAUUUCUUUGAAGAUAAUGCAUAUGUUAAUAUUUUAAAUUUGGAUGUUUCUAAGUUUGUAUACGAUUUUAACAAUACUUAG